AUGGCCCUCCUUCGGCGAAUGAACUUCGUAGACUCCCAAAUGGGAGGAAUAUUUGAAUCCAUCGAAAGCGGCCCGUCGGGAGCAGAAGAACUCGCCUUUAAAUUUGCCUUGAACACAAUCAACAGGAACCGCACCCUGCUGCCCAACACCACGCUCACAUAUGACAUCCAGAGAAUAAACAUCUUUGACAGCUUUGAGGCCUCCAGAAAAGCCUGUGACCAGCUGUCCUUGGGGGUGGCAGCCAUCUUUGGCCCCUCUCACAGCUCAUCAGCUAACGCAGUCCAGUCCAUUUGUAAUGCCCUGGGGGUGCCCCACAUCCAGACCAAGUGGAAGCACCAGGUGUCGGACAACAGGGACUCGUACUACGUCAGCCUCUACCCGGACUUCCAGUCCCUCAGCCGGGCCAUCCUGGAGCUGGUCCACUUCUUCAAAUGGAGGACGGUCACUGUGGUCUAUGACGACAGCACAGGUCUUAUUCGGUUGCAGGAGCUGAUCAAGGCACCCUCCCGAUACAACAUUCGUUUGAAGAUCCGACAGUUGCCGGCGGAGGCCAAGGACGCCAAGCCACUUCUGAAAGAGAUGAAGAAAGCAAAGGAGUUCCACGUGAUCUUUGACUGCAGCCACGAAAUGGCCGCCUGGAUCCUGAAACAGGCUCUAGCCAUGGGAAUGAUGACGGAGUACUACCACUACAUCUUCACCACGCUGGAUCUUUUCGCUUUGGAUAUGGCGCCGUAUCGGUACAGCGGAGUCAACCUGACGGGUUUCAGGAUCCUAAACACUGAAAACUCUCAGGUGUCAUCGAUCAUCGAGAAGUGGUCCAUGGAACGCCUUCAAGCCCCACCCAAAGCGGACUCAGGCCUCCUGGACGGAUUCAUGACGACGGACGCAGCGCUGAUGUACGACGCGGUGCACGUGGUAGCGGUGGCAGUGCAGCAGUCGCAGCAGAUCACUGUCAGCUCGCUGCAGUGCAACCGCCACAAACCCUGGCGCUUCGGAGCGCGCUUUAUAAGCCUCAUCAAAGAGGCCCAUUGGGAUGGCUUGACUGGACACAUCCUCUUCAACAAAACUAACGGAUUGAGGACAGACUUUGACCUGGACGUAAUCAGUCUAAAGGAGGAAGGACUGGAAAAAAUUGGAACAUGGGACCCUCCCAGUGGGCUGAACAUGACAGAGGACCACAAGAGCAAGACGUCUAACAUCACUGACUCUCUGGCUAACAAAUCCCUCCGCGUCUCCACCAUACUGGUGGAGCCCUAUGUGAUGUUCAAGAAGUCCGACAAGCCGCUGUACGGAAACGACCGCUUCGAGGGCUAUUGCAUCGACCUGCUCCGCGAGCUCUCGGGGAUCCUGGGCUUUCACUAUGAGGUGCGUCUGGUGGAGGACGGCAAGUAUGGGGCGCUGGAGGAGAGCACGGGCCAGUGGAAUGGCAUGGUCAGGGAACUCAUGGACCACAAAGCAGACCUAGUGGUGGCUCCUUUGGCCAUUACCUACGUGAGGGAGAAGGUCAUCGACUUCUCCAAGCCCUUCAUGACCCUGGGUAUAAGUAUCCUCUACCGCAAGCCCAACGGAACGAACCCGGGCGUCUUCUCCUUCCUCAACCCCCUCUCACCCGAUAUCUGGAUGUAUAUUCUGCUGGCUUACUUGGGUGUCAGUUGUGUGCUGUUUGUCAUAGCCAGGUUUAGCCCGUACGAGUGGUACAACCCCCAUCCGUGCAACCCAGACUCGGACGUGGUGGAAAACAAUUUUACGUUGCUCAAUAGUUUCUGGUUCGGCGUCGGGGCUCUCAUGCAGCAAGGCUCAGAACUCAUGCCUAAGGCCCUGUCCACCCGGAUCGUGGGGGGCAUCUGGUGGUUCUUCACCCUCAUUAUCAUCUCCUCCUACACGGCCAACCUGGCUGCCUUCCUCACCGUGGAGCGCAUGGAGUCACCCAUCGACUCGGCCGAUGACCUGGCCAAACAGACCAAGAUCCUGUACGGAGUGGUGGAGGACGGAUCUACCAUGACCUUUUUCAAGAAGACGAAGAUCUCCACUUACGACAAGAUGUGGGAGUUCAUGAACAGCCGGCGAACGUCUGUGAUUGUGAAAAACAUAGACACGGGCAUCCAGCGCGUGCUCACCUCCGACUACGCUUUCCUCAUGGAGUCCACAACCAUUGAGUUUGUCACCCAGCGCAACUGCAACCUUACCCAGAUAGGGGGCCUCAUCGACUCCAAGGCCUACGGAGUGGGAACACCCAUGGGGUCUCCGUACCGGGACAAGAUCACCAUAGUGAUCCUGCAACUGCAGGAAGAAGGGAAGUUGCACAUGAUGAAGGAGAAGUGGUGGAGGGGAAACGGCUGUCCGGAGGAUGAGAAGAAUAAGGAGGCCAGCGCUCUGGGGGUGCAGAACAUCGGGGGUAUCUUCAUCGUGCUGGCCGCAGGGCUGGUGCUGUCUUUGUUCGUGGCCGUUGGGGAGGUCCUGUACAAGUCUAAACAGAACGCAGAGCUAGAGAAGCGCUCUUUCUGCAGUGCCAUGCUGGAAGAGCUACGUGGCUCCCUGAAGUGCCGGCGGCGGCUCAAGCAGAAGCCGCAGCCACCAGUCAUCGUCAAAACUGAGGAGGUCAUCAACAUGCACACAUUUAACGACAGGAGACUGCCAGGCAAGGAGACCAUGGCGUGA